AUGCUCAAUUUUGGAAAGGUGUUGAAACAGACUUCGCACAUUUACUCAAAAACCAAGUCGUUUACCAAUCUUUACAGCUGGAUGAUCUGGAUUUUACUUCUUGCUAGCCCCACUCAAGCGAUUAUCGACUGGCUCUUCAUUGUUGGACACAUUCUAAAAAGCCCCGGGUUUAGCGCUGCGGAUAUCUUGCUCUGGGUGUUUCAAACGCAGCUUACACCUCAAAUCAUUGCGAACCGACUAGGACUUAUCAUGACAGAUAAGAAGAAAGUUAGGAUCAUGAAAUGCGUAUUGCUUGUGAUUAUUGGCAUAAUGAACGCUACUGUCAUCUGCAUGAUAUUUCUGAUACAAGCGACCUACCCUACGCUGGGUCCACAUAUCCAAAAAUUCUACGCCCCUAUCGACAAGGCCUUUGGUCUGCUAACUGAUCUCUUACUCAACUUGGCGUUCACAUGGAAGGUCCAUCAUGAACUGAUCGCCAACGGUCUGACAAAAUAUCGAUUGUUGUUCAAUCUCAACAUCGCUGCUAUAAUACUUUCGCUGUCUAUGGAUAUCGCCCUGCUUGUCGUUGUGCUUGUUCUACCGAAUUCCUUUAUUUACACUUGUAUCCACCCGAUAGUCUAUAGUGUCAAACUUGCCAUUGAACUGAUGAUGGCAGAUCUGAUAGUCCAGGUCACGCAAGAGCAAUAUCAAAUGCCGGAAAUUUAG